CCUCGCGCCGCGGCCUCUCAAAACACACCAAAAUACGACGACGACGCUGGGGCACGAAACGUAGCGCUGCACCGCUCACCACCGGCACCAACAGCACCGUUUGAGGCUGCCCCAUGGCCUCCCAGAUGCUGAAACUGGAGCCGCAGUCCGCCAUCCUCGAGGAGGCGCUCGGCGCGCGCUUAAUUGACGGGAAGCGCGAGCCCUGCGAGGUGAGCUGCGCGGACUUCGACGAUGCGUUGUUUAAGCUCGUCGUGCUGCCGGGGCAGGAAUCGGUAUUGACUUUACACGCAAAAUUGCCGUGCUACGACACGUUACUGGAGCACGGCGGCGCGCGGUGUUUGGAAACGACCUUUGCUGGACUAGUAACGCAACCGGAGAAUGGCUAUGACGUGGCGUUGUCGGUCAAUGCGGACGAGUGCGCGGCGCCGACGGAAACGCUGCGGAAACUCGCGAGGAUAAAGAGGCAUUUAGUGGGAGCGCCCUUCGAGGCCGCCUUCGAGGCGUUAGUGAAUGGCACGGCUCGUGAUUUACCAGUGGCUCGAUUACCGUGGCGGCGGGGCGAGUCCGCGUACAUCGUCGCCGGCAACGACCCGGCGUCUCGCGACUCCUGGGACCGCGUCACGGUCAUCUUCGCCGUCGAUUUUCGCGAGGAGACGGACAAGGCCUACGCGCGCGUCUUCCUCCAGCAGUUCCAGGAGCGAGCGCGGGCGUUGGGCGGCGCGCCGCCUUGCGUGUUCUCCGAAGGUUCUAGGCCGCCGCGCGAGAUCCAAUCGGUAGGUGCCGAAUCCCCAACGAUAGCGGGCUACGUGUCCUUUGUGAUUUUCAGAAGCCACGUCGCGACGCCGCAAAAGCUCGAGAAGACGUGCGAUUUACUGGUGGGUUUCCGGAACUACGUCCACUUCCACAUCAAGGCGGCGAAGACGAACAUGCACAUGCGCAUGCGGCGGAAGGUGGCGUCGUGGAUCCAGGUCGUGAACCGCGCGGUCCUGACUUCCGAUAAGCCGCGCGAGAUGAAGACGGCUGGCGGGAAAACUUUUACGCGCAAGUAAUGCUGCAC